ACAGAAGCUUGCAACAGGAACUGAAUGAACUAAAAGCCUAUGAAAUAAGAAAAUACAUCUAAGACUGUGGAGCAUGAAUCCAGAAAAAAAUCUGAAGCAAUUCACAUACAAAUUAAAAAGGAGUUUGAAGGAGCAAAAUGUACACACACCAUGCAAAAUGAGAUACCACCUAUGCAAAUUACAAGUGAAGACUUCCUUCUUGGUGAUGUUUUUUACUUUAACAUUGCUGCUACCAUCAAUGCUCACUGAAGGCAGGGUACUACCAGAGACUCAGAAAGAACCCAAAAUAUUUACUUGUCACAAGACAAAUGGAAAUAAUGUCUUGGAAGAGAUUGACUGCAAAAAUAUGAGAAUUAACAGAGAAGAUGUUGGCCAGAAUUUACAAGGCUCUUUCCAAAUUAAUAUAGAGUUUCAAGGAUUAUUCAAUGAUUUUCUUUUGAGCAUCCGUUCUUCUGUUUCACAAAAAAACUAACACUAUGUUUAUAAUAGAAACAAUGAACAUAGAAAUCUUUACUAGAAUGUCCAAUUCAUGGACUAUUAUUAGGCACAAAUCCAUAUUAUACUCUCUCAUUCAAAAACAGUUUUGACAAAUACUUGAAAUUAAUAAGUACUGGGGACUUUUUCAAUGUACUAGAAGCUUCAUAGUGUCCUAAAUACUGUGAUCCUUAUUUUUCAAGUUUAUUUACUAUUCACCUAACCACAAAAACACAAGAUGAUUGUGAGUGUAAAUAAAUUUAAUACAUUACGAAAAAUAGCUCUCUAUUUUUGAGGCCGAAAAGUGUUCUGCCCAAGCAGUGGAUGUAAUAGGUAUUAACAUCACUUCAAAAUUACUAUCCUAAACAUUCCUUCCUCAAAUUAGUGUUUCUCAGUCUUCCUAAUGCUGCUAUUCUUGACUACAUUAUCUCUUGUGGUAAUCCAUAUCCAUAAAUUUAUUCGCACUGUUAUAUCAUAACUCUCAAUCUGUUAAUAUUAUAAAUUGUUAUAUAAAUAUCUGAUAUUUAUGAUAUCUGGUACUUGACUCCCAAAAGUGUUUACUACAAACAAAAUUAGAACCUCUGCCUUAUACUCAGAAAUCAUAAUUGGCAAGAUUUCCAAUAAAAUCGUCAUGGG